AUGGAAACUUACUCCUCUGUUCCAAUGGAGAAAACAACCAAAAUUAUAAGAAAAUCAAUCUUCAUUUUCCUUCAGAACUAUCAGUUCUUCACAACAACAACAGCUUUUUUCGCUUUUCCAUUUGCUGCUUCUGUUCUUUUUCUACAAUCAUUCAUCUAUUCGUCAUCGCUUUAUCCAAUAAUUUAUGAGCGUUUGCAUUUACUUUUCGACGCAGCAGGGUUCCCUUCAUCGUCAGAAUUCUUCAUUCUUCUCAAUUCCAAGAUCUCUCAGACGAUUUUGAUAUCUUUUCUUUCAUUCCCUUUUACCAUUUCCUUUUAUCUUUUCGCCAAAUCUGUGGUAAUCGAAUCUCUGAAAUACUCAAAACCAUCUCAAAGAACUACAUUUCCUUCGUAUUUCAACCUUCUUGUCACCCAGCUCUGUAACUCACUACUCAUCAUUUCCGCAAACGCCACCUGUUUCACUCUCCUAUUCUUCGGGUUCAAUCUCUUUGAUUAUGGAUUCGGGCUUUCGAAUCCAAGAACAAUUCUUUUGUUAUCAGCAACAGGGGCUGUACUCUGUUCUAUUAUACUCGCAAACACUUUAAUUAUUUGUAAUUUGGCAUUGGUAACAUCAGGAAAUGAGAGAAUUGGAGGAUUCAUGGCGAUUCUCAAAUCUUGUGUUUUGAUUAGAGGAAGAACAGCAACAGCAUUAUCACUAGCAGUGCCUGUAAAUUUAGCUCUGGCUGCAGUUGAAGCUCUGUUUCAAUACAGAAUCGUAAACGCGUAUUAUCAAGAAAAAACAGAGCUUUUUACUCUAGCUUUAGAAGGAAUGUUCAUCGCCUAUAUUUAUUCACUUCUUAUUGUUCUUGAUACAAUAGCAAGCUGUGUUUUCUACAAAAGCUGUAAAACAGAGGAACAUGGGAUUUUUCCAGUUUCGUCCAUUUCGACAUAUCAAGAUGAAAUUCAACACAGAGAUCAAUGUAUAGUUGUGAAGAUAAAGACAUUAGAGGAGUUCUGUUAA